AUGCAGCAGAACCCGGGUGAGUCACUUCGGUCGUAUGUUCAGAGGUUCCAUGAAGAAACCGUGCAGAUACCUGAUCCUAAUGAGCAGGUCACCAUUGCCGCUUUCACCCAUGGGCUCGUUUCCGGGGUGUUCAACACGAGGAUUCACAAGAAAUAUCCCCGCACCCUCCACGAGCUGUGGUUAAAGGUUGAGAAGAGCAUACAAGCCGAAGACCUCAAUCGCAUGAAAAAGGAGGUUCAAGCUGCUCGCCCGAGGGCCGACCCCCGAAAGGGAAAAGAGCUUGGCCGAACUGAGGUGGGGACAGGAAGUGGCUUCCAAGGCCCUGGCCGAGAUAGUCGUAGUGUGUUCGACAGGAUAUCCAAGGGGAAGUCACCUAUCCCUGAGUCCGAGCUGACUCCUUUGAACACUAGCCGGUCUCGGGUGCUGUCCGUAAUGGAACAAAACAAUCUUGGAAAGGCACCUCCCAAGAUAUUCGGCAGCCGGGAUAAGAGGAACUCGAACCUCUACUGCCUGUACCAUCGGGAUAUAGGGCACGAAACUGAGGAUUGCAACGACCUCAAAAAGGAGAUCGAGAACCUCAUUAGACAAGGCCACCACAAGCAGUUCAUCCGCCGAAGUGGAGGUCAUCCGUGUGAUGAGAAUCGACGUGAUAAGCGAGGUGACCAACGCCAAGAUGAGAGGCGGACGUCGAGAAGCAGUUGUCGACCCCCUGAAGAACCUAGGGAAGCGAAAAGGCCUCCCCGAGACGGGUCUUCAGGUCAGGGGUUAGGAUACGGACCAAACAUUGCCGGGGUCAUCAACACAAUUGCCGGAGGUCCGACGGGAGGAGAUAGCCAAAACUCCCGGAAGAGGACCUACAGACAAUCCAACCCGGAUCAGGCCGAGUCGAGUUCUCGCCUGUCUGAGGUGAUCACCUACGGGCCCAGUGACCCCGUUCCAGCUGCUUCCAGCAGUCACGAGGCUUUGGUGAUUGAAUUCCUCACCAAUAACUAUGUUGUGAAAAAGGUCUACAUUGACCCGGGAAGCUCAGUGGACGUCAUGUACCUCCGAACCUUUGAAAGCCUUAAAUUGGCCAGGGAGCGCAUGACUCCGGGCGCCACCCCCGCUGCCGGACCAUCCCCGUCAAACUUCGUAGUAGUUAAGGCUAACUCGCCAUAUAACCUACUCCUGGGUCGACCUACACUUAAUGCUUUGCGGGCAGUAUACUCCACCUCUCAUCUAAGCUUUAAGUUUCCUACUCCUGCGGGGGUGGACGAGGUUAGCAGCGACGUCUGCGCUGCCCGAGAAUGUUAUCUUGCCACUCUACAAGCAGCCUCCCCGUCCACCUCCGGAGCGAGGCCCGAGAGGAGGUCAAAUAUCCUCUCAAUAGAUAGCAUCGAUCCUCAGCGAGCUGAGAAGAUCCCGAGGCUGGAGACUGGGGAUGAGGUGGAAGAAUUCCCUCUGGACCCCACGAAGCCUGAUCAAACGAUUCGCGUCGGUACCCGCUUGCCCAGUCCUGUCAAAAGAGGUAUGGUGAGCCUCCUCAGAGAAUACCGGGACGUCUUUGCUUGGGCCGCAGAGGAGGUUCAAGGGGUCCCGCAUCACCUCAUGAUACAUGAGUUGAACGUCGACCCCCAAAUCCGCCCGGUCAAGCAGAAAAGAAGGCACCUCGGUCUCGAGCGCAGCCGAGCUGUUGGCGAAGAGGUGGAUAAACUCCUUCCUGCGAAGAUCAUCCGGGAGGUCCAGUAUCCGACCUGGCUAGCCAACCCAGUCAUGGUAAAGAAGGACACCGGAGUUUGGAGAAUGUGCGUCGACUUCACCGACCUCAACAAAGCUUGUCCGAAGGACUGCUACCCAUUGCCCAAGAUUGAUACCUUGGUGGAUUCAGCAAUGGGUUAUGAGGUCCUCUGCUUCUUUGAUGCCUUUAAGGGGUAUCACCAGAUCGGGAUGAGUCCGGAAGACCAGGAGAAGACCGCCUUCUAUACUGACCGAGGCACGUAUUGUUACACCACCAUGCCUUUCGGACUGAAGAACGCCGGGGCCACAUACCAACGCUUGGUUAACCAAGCCUUUAAGUCUCAGAUCGGCCGGAUGGUUGAGGCCUACGUAGAUGAUAUCCUCCUCAAAAGUCGGACAACCUCCACAUUCCUUGCCAACCUGAAAGAAGUCCUGGAAGUCUUUCGGAAGACGCGAAUAAUGCUAAACCCCAAGAAGUGUGUCCUGGGGGUCACUUCGGGGAAGUUUUUGGGCUACCUCGUCUCCAGGCGAGGUAUUGAAGCAAAUCCAGACAAGGUGAAAGCAAUUCAAGAAAUGUCUCCACCUCGGUGCGUCCGCGAUGUCCAAAGGUUGACGGGGCGGUUGGCCGCCCUGAAUCGGUUCCUAUCGCAUUCAGCUUCCAAGGCAUUGCCAUUUUUCAAAGUCCUCAAAAAGGCCAACAACUUCUCCUGGACAGAAGAGUGUCAACAGGCGUUUGAGCAGCUAAAGGAGCACCUCAACCACCUCCCAACACUCACUUCACCUCGCCCAGGGGACAAGUUAAUCUUGUACCUAUCUGCUGCCGCUGAAGCUGUAAGUGCCGUACUGAUAAGGGAGGAAGGUGUCCAAACACCUGUUUAUUAUGUCAGCCGAGUCCUCCGAGGUCCGGAGACCAGGUAUACUCAGGCGGAGAAACUUGUGCUGGCCUUAAUUCAUGCAGCUCGUUGGCUUAAGCCCUACUUCUUGGCCCAUCACGUCUGCCUGAGGACAGACCAACCACUUCGGCAGGUCCUAUCGCGACCGGAGGCCUCUGGACGCCUCACCAAGUGGGCCAUCGAGAUGGGAGAGUACGACUUAUCUUAUGAGCCUCGCACGGCAAUUAAAGCCCACGCUCUCGCGGAUUUCCUUGCCGAGCUUACUUUUGAGGAAGUGAAUGAGACCAUCCCGGCUACUACCCAGGCUGUCACCUCGUCCACCGCCGAGCCUCAACGAUGGACCUUGCAUGUGGACGGCUCAUCCAAUAGUGAGGGUAGUGGAGCCGGCUUGCUCCUCGAAGAUCCCCAAGGAGAAAUUUGCUCGUAUGCCUUGAGGUUUGAUUUUGCUGCUUCCAACAAUGAAGUUGAAUACGAAGCAGUCAUCGCCGGCCUGCAGUUAGCUCGUAAGCUCGGGGCCGCGCAUAUCAUGGUCUAUAGCGACUCUCAACUCGUCGUGUGCCAAAUAUUAGGCGAAUACGAGGCCAGGGAAGAGGUGAUGCAUCGAUACCUCUCCAAGGUCCUCCAGCUAGUGGCACACUUCCAGUCUUUUGAAAUUCAGAGGAUACCGCGGUCACAGAACAGGAGAGCUGAUGCUCUCUCCCGGCUCGCUUCUACAUCUUUUUCUGACCUGAACAAAACGGUCCUUGUAGAAGUUUUAGCCGAACCGGGGUACGAAGGGGAAGAGGUGUAUCCCAUCUACCCUGGGGACACCUGGAUGGGACCGCUAGUUCGAUUCCUCAGCCGAGGUGAACUCCCCGAAGACCGAGCUGAGUCACGCAAACUUCAGCGUAAAGCAGCUCGGUACGCCCUUCGACAGGGCCUCUUGUACAAGAGGUCCUACCUCGGCCCAUGGCAACGAUGUAUCACCCCAGAAGAAGGUGACAGAGUUCUUCAAGACAUUCAUGAGGGACUCUGUGGUGCCCACGUCGGUUUCAGGAUGCUCGUGAAAAAGGCUUUGCUGCUUGGGUACUUUUGGCCCACCAUGAGGGUAGAUGCCCAGGUCAUGGUCCUUUGCUGCCCUUCUUGUCAGCACCAUGCCCCUGAGCACCACCAACCAACCAAUCUUAUGAUUCCUAUCACCUCGUCGUGGCCCUUCGAGCAGUGGGGAACAGACAUAAUCGGCCCAUUUCCAAGGGCUCCAGGUGGUUAUACUUAUGUGGUGGUAGCAGUGGACUACUUCACCAAAUGGGUCGAAGCGGAGCCCCUGAGAAGCAUCACCGGAGUGCCCGUUCAAAAAUUUUUCUGGAAAAAUGUGGUUUGUCGCUUCGACUUGCCCCGGGUGGUCAUCUCGGAUAAUGGCAGACAGUUCGCGGACAAUCCUUUCAAGACGUGGUGUGAAAACUUGGGAAUUAAACAGCACUUCACCUCGGUGGGACACCCUCAGGCAAAUGGACAAGCCGAAAACUUCAACCGAACUCUCCUCCAUGGCCUCAGGACCAGGCUUCACCGGGCUGGAUCGUCAUGGAUGGAAGAGCUCCCCAGCUUGCUGUGGUCCUACCGAACUAUGCCGAGGUCAGCAACUCAAGAAACACCGUUCUCUCUAACUUAUGGAUCCGAGGCUGUCGUUCCAGCCGAGUUCAUCACUCCCAGCCCGCGAAUGGCCGCGUACGCUGCCGAGGUCAAUGAAGAGGAGCGGCGAGUUGAUCUCGACCUCGCCGAAGAGAAGCGCGAUAUGGCCGCGGCCAAAGUUGCUAUUUAUAAAAAUAUCCUAGCUGGUUAUUACAAUGCUCGGGUCAAACACCUAAAGUUCAAUCCAGGAGACCUGGUACUCCGGAAGAAUUCGGUUAGCCGAACUGAACCCCAGGGAAAACUUAACCCCAAGUGGGAGGGACCCUACCGUGUUAUUGAGUCCAGCCAAAAUGGAUAUUGUAAACUGGCUUACCGAGAUGGUUCGCGUGUGCCCCGAACUUGGCAUGCUGAGAACCUUAAGUUGUAUUACCCUUGA